UCUGUUAAUUAAUAAUAAGGUGUUUCAUAGAGGGCAGAGUAUAUUUUCCCGCAGCGGGAAAGUUAGUCGCACAGCAUUUGACACCCGGGUUGAGGAGGACACACAAUGAUGGAAACCAACAGUGUCCAGGACAAAAAUGUAGCGCACACCAAUGGAAAUGGCGUGGACAACCAGGCUUUUGAAAUAGAGGAGGACAACAUUACUGAUACUAGCAGCAUCAAAAGGCAGUCUAGAAAGACUAAAAAGGGAUUGGGAUCAUAUUUAAGCCAUGUUUCCAAGCCGAUUAACGCCACAGAGGAUUACAUCAAGGCUCAUUCAAAAACAUUCAAAUACAUUGUGCUGGGCAUACUCGGAGCAGGUUAUGUGGCAUACUUCAUUGCAGCCUGUGUUUUGGAUUUCCAGAGGGCUAUCGCACUUGUAGUCCUAACUAGUUUGGCUGUUAUUAUUAAAUCCUAUGAACUUUUGAAGGAGUACAAGGGGAAAAGCAUCAGUCGGUGUUUCAGACCCGCAGUUAGAUGCUUUAAAUCUAACUUGAAAUGGAUAAAAUGGGUUUUCAUCUUAGUGGUUGUGGCCCUGAUUGUGACGUGGAUCAUCUUAGACACAAGCCAGCGUCCCGAGCAGUUUAUCUCAUUUGGAGGUGUGUGCAUGUUCAUCGUGCUCAUAUUCCUCUUGUCAGCACACAGGACAGCGGUAACAUGGCGGCCUGUGUUUUGGGGCCUUGGGUUGCAGUUCUGUAUUGGCAUUUUUGUUAUAAGAACAAAUCCUGGAUUCAUAGCUUUCAAAUGGCUUGGAAAUCAAGUGCAGAUAUUCCUUGACUAUACCAAAGAUGGGUCGAAGUUUGUUUUUGGGGAUCUCAUCGACAUUUUUGCCUUUCAAGCUUUGCCCAUUGUUGUGUUCUUCAGCAGUGUGAUGUCAAUCCUUUACUAUUUGGGGAUAAUGCAGUGGCUCAUUCUGAAGAUCUCAUGGCUUAUGCAGAUAACAAUGGGAACCUCUCCCACAGAGACCUUGAGUGUGGCAGGCAAUAUAUUUGUUGGGCAGACAGAGGCUCCACUGCUGAUCCGUCCCUAUUUGAAGGACAUGACCAAAUCUGAGAUCCAUGCUGUUUUGACAGGUGGAUUUGCGACAAUUGCUGGCAGUGUCAUGGGGGCAUUCAUCUCAUUUGGAAUUGAUGCAUCUUCCUUGUUAUCAGCCUCUGUGAUGGCUGCCCCUUGUGCCUUGGCCAUCUCCAAACUUUCUUACCCAGAGACUGAGGAGAGUCCCUUCAAGUCAGAGAAGAAUAUCAAAAUGGCUUGUGGAGAUGAACGGAACAUUUUGGAGGCUGCUAGCAGUGGAGCAUCUGCUUCAAUAAGCCUUGUUGCUAACAUUGCAGCAAAUUUGAUAGCCUUUCUUGCCAUCUUCGGGUUCAUAAAUCAAGCUUUGAGUUGGUUUGGAGGUAUGGUGGGAUAUCCUUCAAUCACAUUUCAGCUUAUUUGCUCUUACGUGUUCAUGCCUGUGGCCUUCAUGAUGGGAGUACCAUAUGAUGACAGUUUCAUUGUGGCUGAACUAAUUGGCACCAAACUCUUCCUCAAUGAGUUUGUGGCUUAUGAGAAACUCUCUAAACUAAAGGAAAACAGACUCAAAGGACUUAUUGAGUCGAUAUCUGUUCGAUCAGAAAUAAUCACCACUUAUGCUCUUUGUGGGUUUGCCAACUUUAGCUCACUGGGUAUUGUGAUUGGAGGCCUAUCCGCUAUAUGUCCAUCCAGAAGAGGCGAUGUCUCAUCUCUGGUGUUGAGAGCUAUGAUCACUGGGACUUGUGUAUCUCUUGUCAAUGCUUGCAUUGCAGGGAUCCUCUUUGUUCCUCCACUUGUGGACUGUGUAGAGCUGUUCAAGAUAUCUUCUUUCAAUGCCACAGAUGUAAAUAUACAAAGUUGCUGUGAAGACCUCCUUAAAAACACUGUAAACAAUGGGACCAUCUCGUUUGAAGGAUCAUGGACCACAGUAGCAAAUGUCACUGUGUUUUUCUCAAAAUGUUGUCAGUGUUGUGGUAUUUCUGAUGUUUGUAAGUAGAGGCGAAGAACAUAUCAGUGUCUAUUUUUAUGCUGUAGUUCAUUUACGUGUCUCCAUGUUUGUAUAUUAGUGUCACUAAUAUGUCACUGCUAAUGUAAAAAUGUAAAGCCUCUAUGCAUGUCUUUUAAAGAUGGUUAUGUCUUUCAUGUGUUAUAUGUUAAAUUAAUUCCAGACAUGGGCCUUUUAUUUAAAGCCAAGGAUUAGAAGGACACACAUGAAGAAGUAUACCUCCUGAAAAUCUUCAGGCAUCAACAGUUUGAUGAAUGUAAAUAUUUAAAAUAAAACUGUGUAACUCAAGUAUUUUAUAAUGUUAUUGAUAAUUACACAUACAUGGUCAUACUUUUUGAAAAAAUAAAAACCUAUGAAAAUGAAACGUGAA